AGUAGUUACCAUGUCGUUGUUCAAGGGCUCGCUGCCAGCGGGCUUCCUCUUUCCUUAUCGGCAUCCUAAAGCUAAGGGGUUUGUGGAAUCAACGCUCUAUGGCCUGGGAAGUGUCCUUCGUGGUGUAGGCAUCGCCUUGGAUGAACUAGGUUCCAUGAUUCAAGGCCCGCAGGGUGCUAUCAAGGAGCACGUUCAGCCCAAUCUGGCGUUCGCUCCUGUGCACCGUAAGCCGGACGUGCCGGUGGGCGCUGGGCAAGUGGUGCCCGCGCCUGCUGCUGCUGCACGGACGCUGAAAGUGAAGGAAAUGGUCAUUCCCAACAAGCACAGCACCGCGUUUGUCGCGGCAAAUGCCAAUGUGCUUGGGAACGUCAAAAUCGGAGCCAAUUCUUCCAUCUGGUAUGGCGCGGUCCUGCGAGGCGACGUGAACGGCAUUUUUGUUGGCAACAACACGAACAUCCAGGACAACGUCGUUGCGCACGUCUCUAAGUACAGUCUUGAUGGCGAUGCGCGGACUACGACCAUUGGUAACAACGUCACUAUUGGACAUGGUGCCACGGUUCACGCGUGCACCAUUGAGGACAACUGCCUGGUGGGCAUGGGGGCCACCAUCCUGGAUGGAGCAACUGUGAAGAAGGGCGCCAUUGUAGCUGCUGGGGCUGUGGUGCCGCCGAAGACGGUGAUCCCCUCGGGCCAGCAGGUGUGGGCUGGCUCCCCCGCCAAGUUCCUUCGCAACCUGGAGCCUGAGGAGGAAGCGUUCAUCGCCAGGUCGGCAGCCAACUACUCGGAGCUGUCCGCCAUCCAUAAGUUCGAGCAGAGCAAGACGUUCGAGGAGCAAUUUGUGGAGAUGGCCAUCAUGAGGGACCGGGCAGCACUGGCCGACCCGUCCAACUCGGUGCACCAGAUGUGGGAGUACGACAGCCAGACGGCGCUGGUAGCUCGCGCCAAGAGGUAG